CCUCCACGCCUGACCAGCGUGACGUCGCUUUGUCCACUGCCGUCUCUGUUUCGCCGGCGCUCUGCGCAUGCUCGGGGUAGACGGGAGUGGACCGGACCGGACCAUGGGGGUGGCGGUCUUCUUCGGCUGCACUUUCAUCGCCUUCGGGCCGGCCUUGGCCCUCUGCCUGGUGACCGUGGCCAGGGACCCUCUGCGCAUCAUCAUCCUCGUGGCCGGGGCCUUUUUCUGGCUGGUCUCUCUCCUGCUGGCUUCUCUGAUCUGGUUCAUCUCGGUGCACCUGAGUGAUCGGAGUGAUGGGCAGAUGCAAUACGGCCUCCUGAUUUUCGGGGCAGCCUUGUCGGUCCUUCUCCAAGAAACGUUUCGCUUUGCCUACUUCAAGCUCCUCAAGAAAGCUGAUGAAGGCUUAGUGACGUUAAGUGAAGAUGGACAGUCCCCCAUCUCAAUCAAGCAGAUGGCUUACGUGUCAGGUCUCUCCUUUGGAAUCAUCAGUGGCUUGUUCUCAGUCAUCAACAUCCUUGCUGACUCCAUCGGGCCGGGCACUGUGGGAAUCCAUGGAGAUUCACCUCAUUACUUCAUCACUUCAGCCUUCUUGACCAUGGCCCUUGUCUUUCUGCACACCUUCUGGGGGACGAUCUUCUUUGAUGCCUGUGAGAAGGGACGCUAUUGGAUCCUGGGGUUGGUGGUCCUCAGUCAUCUAGUAACAUCUGGAUUGACAUUCCUAAAUCCCCGCUACGAAGCCAGCCUCAUCCCCAUCUUCAUGAUCACGUUCUCCACAGGGGUCUGGGCCUUCUUCACGGCUGGCGGCUCCCUGCGCAACAUCCUCGCCUGCCUCUCCUGUGAGGGUUGUGACUCUUGCGUGGGCAGCCGGGGUUGGAGAGGGGAGGGGUGCAUAGCCCAAACCAGGCUCCCGGACACCUGAGUCCUAGAGGAAGAGCAGCUUGUUCAGCCCAAGUUGGCGGUGGAGUCCUUAGAAUUCAACUUUUGCUUCAAAGCGGGGGUGGGGUGGGGUGGAUCAAAUGGCUCGCUGCUUCUGCUACAGAGACUAACUUGAAAAGGAACCUGCGGUUGCCCACAUGUAUUCCUAAAAGCCAGCAUGCCCCUGGCGAGUUCAGUGGUAUUUCUAAGGCCUGGUUCACACAAUAGUUGGGAUCUAGGUUUGAUGUGGGUUACCGAGAUUAGCACGAUCCUGUGAAGCCAUAUCAAGGUGGGAAUCUCAGGAUCAUCCUAGGCCAUAAACUGCCUUAGCAUGGGUUCAUACCAUGGUGCUAAUGUUGGUAACCCACAUUAAACCCAGCUUUGAGCGGCUGUGUGAACCAGGACUGAACUGGGAAGUUCAGUGGAAUUUCUAAGGCCUGGUUCACACAAUAGUUGGGAUCUAGGUUUGAUGUGGGUUACCGAGAUUAGCACGAUCCUGUGAAGCCAUAUCAAGGUGGGAAUCUCAGGAUCAUCCUAGGCCAUAAACCGCCUUAGCAUGGGUUCAUACCAUGGUGCUAAUGUUGGUAACCCACAUUAAACCCAGCUUUGAGCGGCUGUGUGAACCAGGACUGAACUGGGAAGUUCAGUGGAAUUUCUAAGGCCUGGUUCACACAAUAGUUGGGAUCUAGUUUCGAUGUGGGUUACUGAGAUUAGCACGAUCGUGUGAAGCCACAUCAAGGUGGGAAUCUCGGGUCAUCCUAGGCCACAAACCACUUUGGAGUGGGUUCACACCAUGGCACUAAUGUUGGUAACCCACGUUAAACCCGGAUUCGAGCAGCUGUGUGAACCAGGCCCGAAAGAGUGCAGAGUGGGGUUGCAGCGUCCUUCGCUCUCGCUGCCUGGUGUCGUUCCACGGGCAUAACCCUGCAGCCGUCCUGCCGCCAUGCCGAAGCCAGAGGGAGGCCUCAUGGCUAGCAGCUGCCAAAUGUGCCAUUAGCAGGGGCACCCCGGCCAGGGAACCUGCCUUAUCCAAGCUGGAGACUUCCCCUAGCUCAGACCUGAGCUCCAUUUGGCACAGAAAUGGGAGCGAGGGGUAGAGAUUCGGCAUGGAUUGUACUUCCAGCCUGGGAAGCUGUCUUCUUACAGAAUAUAUAAAUAUUCAUAGACGUU